AAAUGCAAGAAAAUGAUUGGUUUUGGGGUGUCAUAUUGAUGGUUUCAUUGUUGUUGUGGUCCAUAAACAUGUCAUUCGGGCUUCAACAAGGAGCAGCUGAUGCUAUUGUUGCUGCAAAAACCACUGCUGAAGUUGCCUUAGGGCUUGUAAGACUUGGAAAAAAG